AUGCGGCUCCAGGCGGCGCUCUUUUUCGCCGCGUGCCUAUCGCCCGCGGCGGCCAUCUACUCUGACGAGGUCAACCACAUCGACUUCCACCAUGCUCUCCUCGGCGCCCCAUCCCCCGAUUCCACCUUCUUCCUCAAGCCAUCCACAUCUUCAAAUGCUUCCCUCCUCUACACCCUAUCCGAUAAGCUGCUCGUGGGUGCUGUGAACCCCCGCGACGGCGCGCUGGUAUGGCGCCAGAACAUCUCGCGGUCGGCGGACUCUCCCGCACAUGGGGCGGGUCUCUUGCGCGGAUUAGAUGGAAACGAUGCCGUUGUAGCUGCGGUGGGUAACUACAUCGCGUCUUGGAGUGCUCAGGAUGGUAAGGUGGGAUGGGAGAAUCGGGUCUCCAAGGGUGUGGUUGCUGAUCUCGAGCUGUUGGAGCUUGAGGAUGCUACCGCGACCUCCGGGGUGAGAGAUACGAUUGCUGUGGUUGCUAGCGACGGUGCCGGGAUUGUAAGACGGCUGGAUGGAAAUACCGGAAAGUCAGUGUGGGAAUUCAAGGAUACAAGUGGUGACGUUCCGUUCCAAGUGUCGUCUUCUUCUACCGAGGUCUUCUAUAUUUCACUCCAGUCGGCUAUGUUGAAGGGAUUCAAGAUCAAGUUCACUGCUUUGGAUCCAUUGACUGGGCGACAGACUCGUCAACAGAUCCUAAACUCUGAGGCUGAUGUGGCUACACCGGAGUCCGUCCUCUAUGUGGGCGCUAAUUCCGCCUCGCCUAUCAUCGUCUGGACCGACAAAUCGCAAAAGUCUCUGAAAGUUAAUGUUAUUGGUACCAAGGAGGUCACCUCUAUUGCCAUUGACAAUACCACCGGCUCCGAAAUUCAAAAGAUCACAGUCCACGCUCCCCACAAGCUCAACGCUCUGCCCCAUUUCUUGGUCCACUUUGCAACCGAGGCCGGAGCCUGGGCUGAGGUUUACCACGUGGACCUGGUGUCUGCUAAGGUCACCAAGGCCUACCGGCUGCCCUAUCUGCCCGGCCAGUCGGCGGUCGCAGCCAGUGUCAUUGACGCUAAUGUCUAUUUCACUCGAAUCACGGACUUGGAAGCCAUUGUUGUAUCAUCCGCCUCUCAUGGAGUUCUGGGACGAUGGGAUCUGCAGAAGCCUUCUUCUGACGUUGCCCUUCACUCAGUAUCCGAGGUCGUUGCCAAAGGAAAAUCUGUGGCUGUUAGGUCAGCGCUUUUCCGGAAGCACGGAGAUUGGGAACUUGUCCGAAACGGCCAGAUUGAGUGGACUCGACACGAGGGUCUUAUUGAUGCUGUCGCGGCUACCUGGGCGGAAACCGACGCCCAAGAGGAUCUUGCUCAUGAGCUGGAAGUCGAGGGUCACGAGACUUUGUACGGCGCGUACCUACACCGUGUGAAGCGUCAUAUCCGGGACUUGGAGCAUCUGCCCGACUGGCUGAAGGAUCUACCUAAGCGCAUUCUGAGCAGUAUCUUGGCCGACGAAGUGUCCAACCUGGACAGCUUUGGAGUUGCUAAAUCAGUUAUUGUCGCCACCAAGAACGGCCGUGUGUACGCCUUGGAUACUGCCAACCACGGCGCCGUUUCGUGGGGCAUCCAAGCAGUGGAGACAUCGCAGUGGAAUGUGAAGGCUAUUUUGGCUUCACCAGGAGUCGCAACCAUCUAUUCCGACGAUGGAAGCUCUGUGACUGUGGAUGUGUCGACUGGGGAGAUCGUUUCACGCAUCGAACCGUCUAACAGCAAACUGCACUCGAUUGCUGUCUUCGGCGCGCAAGAUGGAAGUUUGCUGGCCACCGUCGGUGUCCGUGAAGAUGGUACUCCAGUCACUGCAUUUGCCGACGAAGAUGGAUUCUUGGUAACCACCAGCGUUGAUGGCCGAGUCCUCGGCUGGGUUGCGAAGGAUAACAAGACCCCUGUGUGGGAGUUUGUUCCUCCCUCCGGACAGAAGGUCGUCGAAGCGACCGCUCGCCCUGCGCAUGAUCCCGUGGCGUCUAUCGGAAGAGUCCUUGGAAACCGCUCGGUCCUUUACAAGUACCUCAACCCCAAUCUCGCCGUGGUGACUGCAGUGAACGAGCAGACCCACACCGCCAGUUUCUACCUGUUGGACGGUGUUUCAGGCAAGGUCCUUCACGCAACUACCCAAGCAGGCGUGGACUCCACGCAGCCCAUCGCAUCUGUCAUGUCCGAGAACUGGUUCGCCUACUCAUUCUGGGGCGAUGUUGAUGGCAGCGAGACCUCCGCCAAGGGCUACCAACUGGUCAUUUCGGAGCUCUACGAAUCCCCCCUCCCCAACGACCGCGGUGUUCUUGACUCUGCCACCAAUUACUCCAGCACUGCCACCCUCCCGUUGCCCCACGUCAUCUCCCAGGCCUUCAUGAUCCCCGAAUCCAUUUCCCACAUGGCCGUCACUCAAACGCGCCAGGGCAUCACCACCCGCCAGCUUCUCUGCACUCUCCCCUCCUCCAACUCGAUCGUUGGCAUUCCUCGCCCCGUCCUCGACCCUCGCCGCCCUGUCGACCGUGACCCCACCACGGCUGAGGCCGAAGAAGGCCUUUUCCGCUACGCGCCCUACCUCGACUUCGAUGGCAAGUGGUACCUCUCGCACACCCGUGAUGUCGCCGGCAUCAAGGCCGUGCUCUCUCGCCCUACCCUCCUGGAAAGUACCAGUCUUAUCUUCGCUUAUGGAAGCGAUAUUUACGGUACCCGAGCCACGCCCAGCCAGGCAUUUGAUAUCCUUGGCAAGAGCUUCUCCAAGCUGCAGCUCGUUCUCACUGUCGUGGCACUCGGCGCGGGUGUCGCAGUUUUGGCUCCCAUGACUCGGACGAAGCAAGUUAAUGCCCUGUGGAGGGCUUAG